AUGAAAUUUGGAGAACAACUAAAACGGGAGGCCAUUAAUGAGUGGCAGAGUAUGUACAUUGACUACAACUCGCUCAAGGUUCUUUUGAAGCAGGUCCCGUACUCUUUGCGCCCAGAUUCUUCUCCCGAUCUUUCUUCUUCUAUUUCAAACUAUUCGCCUCUUUCCUUAAAGGAGCAAAUCUUCUUGUCUCAACUCGAAAAGGAACUCAUCAAAGUAGAUACAUUUUACUCUGAAAAAGAAGAAGAGUUUCGCCAAUCAAAGCUUUCUCUUCAGCUGGCGUUGAGGGAGAGUUCUAUCAGCACGUCUCGGAAACGCAUUGAACAGCUACGAAGAGCAUAUCUUGAGAUGUAUAGAGGCUUCUUACUUCUAGGGGCAUAUAGACGUCUAAACAAGAUUGGGUUUCGUAAAAUUAUAAAAAAGUUUGACAAGGUACUUGGCCUUGCAUUUACGCAUAGGUCACCUAUAGAUCAUAUACGGCUACACAGGCAUAUGGCGAUGCUAGCGCUUCGACUUCCUUCCGAUAUCCAUUAUCUUGGAGGAAGACUUCAUCAUCGCUCUUCAUUUAUGGGGGGCUUUUAUUUGGGCGCCUCCUGCGUCCUUCUGUUCGUCUUUGCAACCACUUUUUUCAAUGAUCAAAUAUUUUUGCUUCUUUCCUUCCUUUCCGUAGGUUUGCCAUUGGCUCUAUUUUGGGGAUUUCUGAUUGUUGAGCUUUAUUGUUCGUUUUCUCAUAUCUCUUAUGGAUUUAUUUUCCAGUUAGACCCCAGAGACACACUCUCAGUACCGCAGAGAGCAGAAUUGCUCUCCUUUAUCACUUUUAUCGUUAUUUUCGGGUUGAUUAUGCUCUCCAAAAUUAGCUUGAUGACGGCGUUGUUCCUUUCAUAUUUGGUAGUGUUGACUGUAAUAGCGUUCCCAAUUCGUUUUUAUUCAUCCGCUCGCACAUAUGUGAUCCGCCUUUUUAGCGAAAGUAUUUUUUCGCUUCUCAGAGGGCCCAUUAGGUUUAGGCAUUUCUUCUUUGGAGAUGCACUUAUGAGUCUUGGAAUUGUUUUUCGUGUGCCGGUUUUGAUAUUUACAUUAUACCAGGUAGAGAGCCAUAUUUUAACAUUUGCUUUUAGAACCCAAAUAUCUCGUCCAUCAAAGAAUUCAAGUGGCACAUUUCUGCUUCGAAAAAAAGGGUUAUUGGUUGGCGGUGGAAGGAGAUUUCCCUAUUAUUUGCUGAUCUUUGCCAACGCUGCCCUUCGGUUUAGUUGGACCAUACCUGCUUUCAAUCCAUGGAUCAUAUCAAUGGUUGCAUUUGGGGAGGUCGUUAGGAGAUCUCUUUGGGCUCUUUUUCGGCUCGAGCAUGAGCACCUGAACAACUGUGGAGAGUUUAAAGUUAUGCAUACGGCUGAGGAAUUCGGGAUAUCUCCUCCUAUAGUGAUCCCUGAAAUUUCAUCCAAUGAAGCCGAUCUAUUCCCCCACACAUGA